AUGGAUCCUACUUGGAUGUACUCUCUUCACGGACACGGGUGGCCGUUCGAACCACUCGUUGUGCAUCGAAUUGUGCGUGCUGUGUGCUGUAGUUCUGCUGCCGAGGUGAUCACUUUGGACGAAGAAUCAAGGGAAGCUGCAACGAUGCUGGCCUCCAAAAGCUGCAACGAUGCUGGCAUCCAAUCUUCGGCGGGGCGCGCCGCGGAGCUCUGUCGCGUGGACCGCGCGGCGGAGGUGUAUGUUUCUCGGGGCCUGCCGGAGCAGGAGGGCCCCGAGCGCCGCGGCCGGCCCGAGAGCCUGCGACGCGGUCGCGCCUUCGCGCGCCGUUGGCGUAGAGCACACCGCGGCGGAGAGCACACCCCGUCGCGCGCCGCUGCACGACUCCGCGGGGCGAGCUCUGCGGAGGGACGCGCGCGGAAGCCGCGGGUGCAGAUCAGGUGA